AUGGACGAUGCGGCCGUGCUUAAGAAGAAAGGGUACAUCCUGGGGGGCAGCUUGGGUGAGAGUUCCUUCGCCAAAGUCAAGUCUGCCUACUCAGAGCGUCUCAAGUUCAACGUGGCCGUAAAAAUUACAGAUAGAAGGAAAGUCCCCGAUGAAUUCUUGGAAAAAUUUCUCCCCCGGGAACUGGACAUACUGUCAACGGUGAAUCACAGUUCGAUCGUAAAGAUCUAUGAGAUCUUUGAGACGUCUGGAAAAGUCUACAUUGUGAUGGAACUUGGUGUGCAAGGAGACUUGCUGGAGUUCAUCAAGAGCAACCGAGGACUGCCCGAGGAAGUCGCCCGCAGGAUGUUCCGCCAGCUGUGCUACGCCAUCAAGUACCUCCAUGAUUUAGAUGUGGUGCACAGGGAUUUGAAAUGCGACAACGUCCUUCUGGACAAAGACAUGAAUAUCAAGCUGUCAGAUUUUGGCUUUUCCAAACGUUGCUUUCGGGAUGGGCAUGGGAAAAUCAUCCCCAGCCAGACCUUCUGUGGUUCUGCAGCAUAUGCUGCUCCAGAAGUGAUCCAGGGCAUUCCUUACCAUCCCAAAGUUUAUGACAUGUGGAGCCUGGGUGUCAUCCUCUAUGUCAUGGUUUCUGGAUACAUGCCUUAUGACGACUCCAAUGUGAAGCGCAUGCUCCGAUUGCAGAAGGAACAUCGAGUGCUCUUCCCAGAGUCUUUGACUAUUGAAUGCAAAGAUCUUAUUUUUCGCAUGCUUCAGCCUGAUGUUUCUCACCGACUACGAAUUGAAGAAGUUUUGAAUCAUCCUUGGGUGCAGGGGAAGCGCCUGAAGUCACGCAGAUUGUUUGAAUAA